UCCACUUCUUCAGGGAGCGUUAGUGUCAAACGUACCGUACACACACGUGGGAAACGUGAGUGUAACCAGAGAGAAGCGCGCGAGAAAAAAGUGAAUAAGAGGAAGGAUAAUAUUAUUUUAUAUUUCAAAUUAAAGUAAAAAUUACUGUCUUUUUAAAUCUAUAAUUUUUAUUUAAUAAUAAGUGAACUUUCCUCGACUUGUUGAGCCUUGACCACGUGCUAACCUCUGAUUCCGGCCUAACUUAACCUUAUAAUGGCACGUAAAAGAAAGGGCCGAUGUGUAAAGCGCAAUAAGCAAAUAAACGUGGGCGAGAAGGAAGAGUUAGUGAAAGCGCCUCAUUCCUUUGUAUUCCACCGUGGGCUGCCAGGAGACCAUAUCGUCGAGCUUACUAAAAACUUUCGCAGAAUUAUGGAACCUUUUACGGCUUCGUCCCUGAAGGCUCGAAAGAAGAAUGCUAUUAAAGACUUCGUCUCUGUCUCGAGCGUGCUGCACGUCACUCACAUGUGCAUAUUCACAAAUACAGAGCUGGGAAUGUACCUCAAGCUUUGCAAGUUGCCUAGAGGACCCACACUCACUUUCAAGGUACACAGUUUCUCCUUAGCACGAGACAUUGUAUCUAUGUCAAAGAAGCAGCUGGUAUACGAGGAGGCCUUCAAAACCUCUCCUCUGUUGGUACUAAAUAAUUUCAGCGGGGAGGGAAUGCAUCUGAAACUUAUAGCUUCCACUUUCCAGAACAUGUUUCCAACUAUAAACUUGACCACUGUGAAUCUGAGCACAAUUCGUCGUUGUGUAUGCUUGAAUUACAACGCGACGGCUAAAACUAUUGACCUUAGACAUUACGCGAUCAAAGUUGUACCUGUAGGUUUGUCGAGAGGCAUUAAAAAAAUAGUACAAGCUAAAGUGCCGAAUUUAUCGAAGUGUCAAGAUAUCUCGGAGUUUUUGACGAAACCGACCAUGUCCGAAAGUGAAGCAGAGGAUGACGAGACCAGUCAUGUCACGCUGUCGCAAAAAUUGUCCUCGAGAGGGAAUCAGCCUAAUUCCAAGAGUGCGAUCAGAUUAUUCGAAUUGGGACCGAGAAUAACGUUGCAGUUGAUUAAAGUGGAGAAUGGACUCCUCGACGGUGAAGUGCUUUUCCAUGAAUUCAUACACAAAACGGAAGAGGAGAAACUUGCGAUAGAGAAGAAGAGAGAAAAGAAGAAGAAAUUGAAGGAGAAAAGGAAAAGAUUGCAGGAAGAAAAUACGAAAAAGAAGGAAGCGCGAAAGCAAGAACACAAGGAGAAAUCGUUGAAGGGAAUUCAGAAGAAGAGAGAAAACGAUAUGCUUAUGCAAAAAAUCGCGAAGGAAUCUACUGAAAAGAGCGAAAUGGAGGAAGACGACGAUGCGCAGUAUUAUCGUGAGGAAGUAGGAGAGGAACCUGAUAAAGAUCUGUUCCAAACAAAAAUUGGUACGAAGAGGCCACAUAAGCAUAUAACGAGAUACAAGCCGAAGAAAGCGAAACUCGGAAAAUCCUAAAGUAACAUUAAAUAAUUUGUAAAAUGUUUUGGAAAUAAAAGGCUAUAUUACACAGAA